UCUACUUCUACUACUACUACUACUUCACUCCUUGCUUGAAUUCAGAAUAUUCUCUCUAACGAUAGUUGACCCAUCAUAAAGCAACCAGAUGGGUGCCAUUCUACAGACUUUAUCAUACUCAUUUAUGAAUGUUAGCUGUUCUUUGAUGGAUCUCUCGGCGACUGCCGUUUGUCUCCCAACGCCCAUUGGAUUAUGCAGACGGGAAGCCUGGUUUCAAGUUGAAAUGGUCGAGUGGCACCUUUUCCUCAACUUGAGACGUACCGUCAACCGCUAUCGUCUUGGAGGUCUCCACCGGGCCAAUGGGGCGCAAGAAUGGCCGCAGGCCCAAUAAUUCAGUCACUUCGCUUCCAAAAGUUGUUCCUAUCUCAAAACUCUACGAGCCAAUCCGUGGCCAU